AUGUCGGUUGUCAACUUUGCUCUUGAUAGUGGCAACACCGUUUUACAACAAGGCGCGUCAGUCUCAACAUACCAAGAUAUGUUCACACCUUCUGAGAGUUCCCCAAGAUUGCUCGGCGAAAUGGAAAACGUGAAGACCAACGAUAACGUCAACGACCGUCAAGACGUUCAUGGAAUCCACAACAGCAAUGGAUCUGGUCACAUGAUCACGAACAAUGGCAACGUCCAACCCCCUUAUCAACUUGCGGACAACAUAAAUUCGAUGAUACAAUUCCCUUACUAUUUUGAUGCCAAUUCCUCUGUCAACCCAUUUGAA